AAAGGGGGGUCGUCAGCAUGCAAGUCGUAUAAAAAAUGUCCGGAAACAAAACAAACCUGAGCAAUCAACGACUCGCAUCCACACAUCCCCGGCGUUCCACCACAUGGUCUCUGCAUGCAACUUGCAGGGCCAAGAGCGGAGAUUUGACAGCAGUAACGGCAACGCGGGGAUAUGGCGUGGUUUUUGUUCAUACGCUUUGAGUCGGCCGCAUCAUGCUCAACGGUGCGGAGAUGUACGCGGAGAGGAGGUCACGAGAGAGAGACAAAUGCCGGACCCCGUCUUAUACCCGGGAUCUAGGCCUAACGGGUUGGCUAGAAGCAACCGGCAAGGAGUACAGCGAGGUUCAUAUUGCACCGAAGUGUUCAUUGAUUGUAUUCAUGUACCAGUAUCCUUUUGGAGACAAGGUGCAUCUCCAACCGAGCGAUCGGCAGGUCGUUCUGCCGAGACGGACUCCAAGUUGAGGCCGUUGCUGUUGUCCUGUCAAGCCUGUGACAACGAUUGGCAUCUUGGCUUACCUGCGAGAAGGAAGAACAACCAGAACUCCCACGCAAGACGACCAAUCCUAUACUACUAGUACUGGACCUAACAAAGCUUGCUGGUGGAAGUACGAUAGAAUGUAAGGCUCUACUCAGCUGCAGCUCUGGUUCUUGGAGAGCUUCCCUCCCAGUCACAGUUCAUAAAUAUCCCUUUCGGUUCCAUUCAACUUUCCACCAAUCUCCCGUCCGGAUACCGGUAAACGUGCUCUGCAGCAACCCCAGUCCGGGCCACCGUCCCACUCCUCGGAAUAGCAUACCUACUCUAUCCGGCGAGCAUCACGAGAA